AGAAGCCCAUCCCCCUGAUGCAUCUUCGCCGGGAAACCGUACGACUUUCAUUCAGCUCAGUGGGAAGCGCCAGGCUGCUGCAUGCACGCACGAUUUAGAGAAAGAUGGCCUCACCAAGGACAAUAACUAUUGUGGCCCUUUCUUUUGCCCUGGGUCUGUUUUUCGUGUUCAUGGGCACCAUUAAGCUCACCCCGAGACUAAGCAAAGAUGCGUACAGUGAAAUGAAAAGGGCAUACAAGAGCUAUGCCAAGGCGCUGCCAGGCCUGAAAAAGAUUGGGAUAAGCUCCGUCCUGCUUCGUAAGAUCAUUGGCUCUCUGGAGGUGGGAUGUGGCGUGGUGCUCACCCUUGUCCCGGGCAGGCCAAAGGAUGUGGCCAACUUCCUGCUGCUGCUGGUCAUGCUGGCCGUCCUGUUCUUCCACCAGCUAGUAGGAGACCCCCUGAAGCGGUACGCCCACGCUCUAGUCUUUGGCAUUCUGCUCACCUGCCGACUGCUCAUUGCCCGCCAAAGUGACGACCGGCCGGAGAGAGAGGACAGCAGAGAGGAACAGCACAUGAACGACCAGGAAAAGAACAAGGUCAAGCAGUCUUAAGAGAUCCUCUCCCCACUCUGGUCCAAGCCACAGCAAAGGGAACCUGGUGCGCCUCAAUGGGAUUGUUGUAAUGUUGAACGGAAGCAGUCACUCCCAGUAAUAAAAACCCUCACACAUCCCCCCUGUCCCAUCCAGCUGGCUGACUGACUACUCUCACCUACCCCUCUGCACUCUUAAUGUGAAACUGAAAACUCCUGACCCCAUACAUAACCCCCCUCUACAUAACCAUGGACAAUCGUACCUGUGGAAACUCUGAUGAGCUCAGCUCAUUGUCAUAAUAGUCAAUCCAUUUCCCCUAUUUAUUUCAGUCCUACACUGUGUUAAAGGUGUGUGUGUUUUUGUUUUUACUCAAGUAUGAACUUCAUUUAUGUUACAAGUUGAUUUGAGAAUGCUGUUUUUCAUGAAGGAAUCUUGUAGCUUGUUUUUCUAAUUUGUUUUUAUACUGUGGGUAGGAGAGACUGAUAAUUUAUGAAUUUCAGUAGUUCAAAGCAUGUAUCAUCUGGUCAAGACAAUAGAACAUAAACCAAAAGCUGCACCGCUGAAAGAAUUUUGUACUAAUCAUACAUCAGCUAGUAUUACAUAUCCACAUCUUAAUUCGGUGCAGUGUUACCAGAAGGCUAUUUAGAAAGGAAAAAAAAUAUAAAUUCUCAUUCAUUUUUCAUCUCAGUAGAUUUUUGCAGAAGUAUGCAUGAAAUCCUUUCUCCUGGAGUAAAAUAAGCUAAAUAACCUUUUCCUCCUCUCAGUGCGGUUAUCACAGGGAAAUUGUUAAGCUGGGAAGGACGGCAGGUGCUGCCUCAGGUGUCUGCUGCUAGCUUGUACAGCAGAUCAUAACCAAAUCAAAAAAAUAAAAGUCUUUUUGCCUGUUAAAAAUGGAAUUUUACCUUUUGUAAUUCACAGUCAAAGUCUUAAACCUAUUAUUCACCGUCUCUUCAAGGUUCUGCUCAUUGGUUUGGUUUUAUUUUUUUCCUCUCUAAAGAUAUGAAAAUCAUUCCUAUUACAGUUUUUCUUUGGGGAUUAAAACUCAUUUGAAAAUGCUGUCAAUUUUGAGAUUCACAAUAUUUCUGUAAAUGAUAUACUUAAAAUAAAGAAUUGGAGUUAAGACUGACGAAA